UGAUUGAUAGAUACCAGUAGUAGUGUUCUCUUAAUAGUGACAUGAAGGCUUAUUUUAAAACUGAUAAUAUUUCUAAUAUUGAAACCAUACUGCUAAUAAGAAAAUUUUUGUUGUUUACUGAAGUAAAAUUUAUUUUGUGAUAUUAUAUUUUAUGAAACAUGGAAUUGUCAGUAAAUGAUAAGACUAAAAACACAGAUGAUUCAAUGAAAAUAUUAGAGGAUGCACUAGUACUUUGCAGAUUUGGCAAAUUUCAUAUCAGGUUACUAGCCGCUUCAUUAUGUGCUGCAUUUGCCGUUAUGAUGGUAACAACGACAUCUUCUUAUAUUCUGCCGGUAGCAGAAUGCGAUUUGAAUAUGAAUAUAAUGUAUAAAGGGCUCCUAAAUGCAAUGCCAUUUUUUGGACAGAUUGGUGCAAGUUUAUUUACAGGAUUCUUGAUUGAUGCUUUUGGCAGGAAAAUAUUUCUUGUGGGUGGAAACGCAGCCAUUUUUGUCUGCACUCUAAUCGAAGGGUCAAGCCAAAAUUAUUGGAUGUUAAUAUUUAUGAAAUUGCUAGAAGGAAUUUCAAUGAGUCUAAGCUUUAGUGCAAUAUCGACAAAUUUAACGGAGUUCUGCCAUAAGGACAUAAGGGACAGAACAUUAAUGUUACACUCAGGGUUUAUGUCUCUAUCCUUAAUCGUCGCUGCUUUGGUAUCAUGGGCGAUAUUGCCCUUGAAAAUUGAUAUUGUAUUUGUGAAGGGAUAUUUUGAAUUACAUGCAUGGAAUAUUUACUUAUACGUCUGUUCAAUAUGGAGUUUCAUGGGAACAAUUCUAUUCUAUAACCUGCCUGAGAGUCCCAAGUACUUGCUGUCACAUGGUCAAGAAAAAGAAGCUUUGGAAGUAGUACGAAUAAUAUACUCUGAAAACACAGGAAACGCAAAGGACACGUUCCCCGUAACGUCAUUCAAUGUUUCGUGCAAUUCAAAUCCUUCGAAUGAGAUGAGCCUGAGGAGACAAUUAGUGAAUGCUUUAUAUGAAGUCAAAGAACUAUUUCGAAAGCCCUUAGUGUUUCACCUGUUACUAUUUUCCAUGAUAUCUUUUAUCGCAUUCUUGGGCUUCACAUCCUUGCGGCUCUGGUAUCCACAAUUAUCGACAAUUGUUGAAAAUUUUGAGAAACAAAAUGGGGAAACAGCACGUUUUUGCGUCAUGCUGACAGAUUACAUGCAAAACCUUAAAGUGAAGCACAGAAAUACCACUUUACUUGAAUUGACUGAACCUGAUGUCUGCGUUCCUAAAUUGAGCGGAUCCGAAACCUACAUUAAUGGAAUGAUCUUGGGAUUUGUUUCCCUAAUAUUUGUCGCUAUAACCUGUUAUUUGGUAAAAUACGUGUCGCAGAAGGUCCUAAUGUUUAUCUUUCUAAUAACGUGCUCAAUGACGUCAGCUGCAAUGUAUUGGACUAGCACUUCUAUUCAAAUAGCCCUAUUAGUUUCCUGUACGUGUGCUUUUAUACAAACAGCAUUCAGUUUACAACAAAAUCUUUUUGUUCGUGUAUUUCCAACAACUCUAAGAGCUCUUGCCUUUUCAAUUAUCAUGGUCUUGGGCCGAUUAGGAUCGGUCGUGGGGAAUAUAAUCUUUCCAAUUUUAUUAGAAACUGGAUGUAUGGCUCCAUUCAUUUUAACAUCUACUAUAACAUUAUGUAUAUCAGGAGUAGUGUACUUCUUACCCGGUGUGAAUAAAGAAAAUAAAGAAGUCGGAGACAAAUGAUCACUUAAAAAAUUAUUAGAAUUCUACAAAAAUUAAUGGAGUAAAAUAAUACAUAGUUUUAUGUUUAGGAUCAGUCCUACUGUUUACUACGUCUUCUGGCUUUUAACGAAGACCUGGCUACAAGGCCAUUUUAGGCACCUGAUUAUAUCAAAGAUUUGAGUUACAAGGUGCAUAUAAAUUUUAUAGUAAACAAAAAUCACUUCUAUAAAUAAUUCAUGUAUAAAUUGAAUAAGAAACUUGUUAUUCUUAUUCGGACGUAAAAGUAAAGAACAAAGAGAUUUAUCGGCGAGUUUGUACUUGCUACAAUAUAUUAUCUCCUUACCAUAGCAAGGAUUCAAGUUUGUGAUUUACAAGAAAACUACUUUAAGUUUUAUCUCAAUGUAGCGGUUAGAAGAGUUAUUUUCAAAAGAUUUUUUUUUAAUAAAUGCGUUUUUACAACCGCCAGCUUUGAUAUAAAUCAUUAUUCUUCCUAUACAAUUGUAUCAUUUAUUCAAAGAAAUUACGUUUUUGUUAUAGCUCCUUCUUAUAAACUUUUAAUAUGUUUUGUACCAUAUAAUGUGUUUCUGUCUUUCUAAGAAAUUCAUGACUUAGUAUAUU